AUGCUGGUGACCUAUUUGGAAGCCAGCCGGGACCUUUGCGAGACGGACUCAAUUCUUUUUGGCGCCGCACUGGCAGUCUGCCGUAUUAUAGGCGCCAAACUCUACACGGCUGGACGCGCUACUGGACAAAGUAGUGUUAUCCCAGCCUGGAGAAUAAGAAUUGAGGAACGUAUCGCAAAGGCUAGGGACCUCAUCGGCAGGCUGAUAUGCUUCAGGUCAGGCAAUACCAGGCCAAGGAUUGUGCGCACCGUCAGGAUGGCGUUUGCUGGGACAAAUGUUAGUUUGUCCCAGCCGGAUAUAAUGCAAAAACUGACGUAA